AUGGCCAGCCAAUUGUCCAGAGUAGCCGCCAUGCGCGCGCCUCUCCUCCGCCGGCAGCCUCACCUCCUACUGGCCCCUUCCUCCCGCCUCUUCACCUCCGGCACCAACAGCGCCUUCCUCCCCGGCGGCAUCUCCGCGAGCUCCUCCGCCGGCUCCUCGGGCAUCGUCGGCCCCCUCCCCACAUACUUCCAGAAGCCCAGGCUACCGGCCAACACCAUCGUCCGCUUCGUGCCCCAGCAGACGGCGUGGAUCGUCGAGCGCAUGGGCAAGUUCAAUCGCAUCCUCGACCCCGGCCUGGCCAUCCUCGUCCCCUUCCUGGACAGGAUCGCCUACGUCAAGAGCCUGAAGGAGGUGGCUCUCGAGAUCCCCAAGCAGAGCGCCAUCACGGCCGACAAUGUCACGCUCGAGCUGGACGGUGUGUUGUUCACUCGGGUCUUUGAUGCUUACAAAGCCAGCUAUGGUGUAGAAGACGCCGAGUACGCCAUCUCUCAGCUCGCCCAGACCACGAUGCGUUCCGAAAUCGGUCAGCUCACCCUCGACCACGUCCUCAAGGAGCGUGCCACCCUCAACACCAACAUCACAGCCGCCAUCAACGACGCCGCCGAGGCGUGGGGCGUAACCUGCCUCCGAUACGAGAUCCGUGAUAUCCACGCGCCCGGCGCCGUCGUCGAGGCCAUGCACCGCCAGGUCACCGCCGAGCGCUCCAAGCGUGCCGAGAUCCUCGAGUCCGAAGGUCAGCGCCAGAGCGCCAUCAACAUCGCCGAGGGUAAGAAGCAGAGCGUCAUCCUCGCCUCCGAGGCCCUGCGUGCGGAGCGCAUCAACACCGCCGACGGUGAGGCCGAGGCUAUUCUGCGCAAGGCCCGCGCCACCGCUGAGGGUAUCGACGCCGUGGCUCAGAGCAUCCUGAGCGGCAGAGAGGGUGCGCAGGGCGCCGUGAGCCUGACUGUUGCCGAGAAGUACGUCGAGGCUUUCGGCAACCUUGCCAAGGAGGGCACCGCAGUCGUUGUUCCUGGGAACGUUGGCGAUAUCGGCGGCAUGAUUGCCACGGGUCUCAGCGUCUAUGGCAAGGUCGGCGAGGCUCAGGCACGCACCAUGGCCCAGAAGGCUGUCAAGUCGUCAGAGUCCAGCGAGCUGGAGGGCUCCAGUCUGAAGGAUACUGUUAUCGACAGUUUCAACCAGACUGCUGGCCGCCGGUAG